AUGAGCACACGAUAUGACUAUGGGUUACUUGAAUUCACAGCUAAUUUGGCGGAAGCAGAAGCAACCUAUGGUCAAAAACUGCAAUCAAUCAUUGACACGUUCUCACAAUCGAGACUAGACCUCCCAAUAAAACGACUAUCGGAAAUCGCAAAAGUGCACACUCGAACAGCGGCAAACCUGAAAAAGUACAUGGAUCCAAAAAAGAAUGAACACUUGAACCUUUGGAAAUUCUGCAAUGUUUAUUCGUGUGGAGCUGUGGAUUUGGAUAAAGCGAUGAGAGAAACUAGAUCAUCGUUGAGGACAAAAAUGGCAGUUGACGGAACUGUGAUAGAGAAACCGAAACGGAGAAAUAUCUUUAAUUCAAUUCAGAAUCAUUUGAAUUCGUCGUCAUCCUCAUAUUCUACGAAAUCAGCUGAGAAUAGCGAGAAAGUUGAGAAGGAUAGACGAUGGUUUCCAAAGCUUCCGGAUCGAAAAUUGGAGUUUAGAACGAGUAGAAAGACAACGUCUUCUAGUGUGGAAGAGGAGAAAGUGGUGGUAUCUGGAUCUAUGUCAACUCCCCAGACUCCUCAAAUUGUUAGAGCACAUUCACAGUUGACGUCAAGCGUCUCCGUUGCUCCAGACCUUCAAGAAAAACCACCACGUCCUCCGAUCCGAACCACUGUUCCCGAACCAACGCCUAUUGCUCAGCCUCCAGUCAGCGUUCCUGUCUACACAACUCAACCAUACGCUACACCAAUUUAUGGAGAUCUUCAGAAAGCGUCGAAUCCAUUUGGAAUCAAUAACAACAUUAAUAAUAAUCGAAUGGGAAUUGUUGAAGAGCACUUGUUACGUCAUCAGGAUGAUGCUCAGACCAGAGAAAUGGCAGUGGUUCGAAUUCGAACCGAUGUCGAUGUUUAUAAAGAGAUGAAGAAGAAUGAAGCAAUCAUGAAUGUCUAUGAUAGUCCACUUAUCAACAAAAGUCACUAUGUCAACAUUCGACCGCCAAUCGCCCAGAAGCCAAAGAUAAUGGCUCCAGCAGUACCAUCUCCACCAAACGAAGAUGUGUCGCCGACAUUCAUUUCAGUGGAAUGCUAUCAAGCGGGAGCACCUACACCAUCUCCAAGGAGGGCAUAUUAUAAUACGAACGACAUCCCAUCAUCUCAACGGUCCUCUUCUUCUGCCUAUUCUUCUAACUAUUCAUCUGCUUCCUCUUCAAACGUGACGUCAUUCGCCGUUGACAAUCCACCUUCUUCUACUGAUUCCUCAAAUCAAAACCUGACUCCAGGAGUCGUUGAAAAUGCACGAUACGUUCGUAUCGCUUCACCCGAUGGCGUUCAUCACCGGUUUUGA